CGUAACAAGAUGGUGGGGAUGUUAUGCGAGUGAUGCUCAGUGUACGGAGUUUGUUAUGAUUGUGAUCCGAGCCGCGUGUUAGGAUUCUCGUGCAAGCCCCUGUGGUGGUGGUCGCCGCCGCCGCCGCCCAUGCGGGUGACCACCGUGGGCGGCGGGGCCCCCGUGGCAUGAUCGCCAGCCCGCCCGUGCACGGGCUGCGGCUGGUUGGCGGCGGCGGCGCGCAGCAGCCGCCCGUGCCUCGGCGGCGCAGCUCGUCGCCGCCGCCGCCGCCGGCGCCCGCCGAGGCAGCGCCCGGCGUGCCGCCGCGCCGGCUGCCCGCGCUCCAGGGACGCUCCAGCCUGAGCGUGUCGCGCACCCGGUACGUGCUGGCGCCCAGCGAGCCCCCGCUGCUGGUCAGCUGGGACGUCCGCGAGGAGGUGUCCCCCGACGACUGGAUCGGACUCUACCGGACCGAUGAAACGGAUCCACUUCGUUUUCUGGAGCACAAAAACAAGCGGUGCCCAAGUAACACUGCAAAAGGCCAGGUCCUGUGGAACAUAGACUGCAAAGAUGCAUUUGUUGAAGAGACAACCAAUGUUUGCUUUCGCUACUACCAUGGGACAAGUGGCACUCUCAGAGCUGUGAGCCCAGUGGUGACCAUCUGCAGGUCGGCUGACACCACUGGAAUUAUGAAUGGCCAUGGCUCUGAUGUUUUGGUGGGCUACUCUUCGCAGCAGAUACCAAUGGAGAUGGUCAAGUUUUAUUUGACCAACCUCCAUGCUCGAAAUCUCAAGAAAGGGAUGUUUUUUAAUCCUGAUCCCUAUGUUAAGAUGGGUGUCCAGCCUGGUUUGGGGGAUGGCGUCUUGCUGCUUCCACACCAUGGCCAAAUCUGUCGCACGGGUGCUGCCGAAUCUACUGUGCACCCUUCAUGGCCUGGCCAGUACGAAUUUAUUGGCUACCCUUCUGAUGUACUGGAGUUUGAGGUCAAGGACAAGUUUGCCCGCAGCAGGCCAAUCAUCGGCCGCUUUUUAGGUCGGCUUGCUGUACGUGUGUGGGACCUCCUGGACCGCUGCACUGGGGGUGUUCCCGUGGAGAUGAGUUUCUCUCUUGCUAACAAGACACCUUCAGACCAUGUCACAGGGGAGCUUUUCUUUACAUUUGUUCUGGAGCACGGCCCAGUAGACCCGUGGACCCACAUUCGACAGGUCCACAACCCAAUCUACGUGUCGGAUGUGCCUCCAGAGCCAUGCCCCUCAAGCCCGCCUCCUUCAUCAGAUGUCCCUCCACCACCCACUUCAACGCCACACCAUCCACCCUUGACAGCCAGGACCACCUCUCUGCCAAAUGGAAGUGGCAUUGUAGCACCACCACCCACCUCAUCAUCAUCUUCUUCUUCAACUUCCUCCGCGGGUGAUCCAGAGCCAACUCCGAGGAGAGAUUCCUCUCAACCUGCAGCGCGGCGUAGUGUCCGUUCAAAUAGUGAGCAUGGCCUGCACUCCCCUGCAGCUCCACAGGCAGUAGUGAGGCGACUAUCCCAAACACCUAGACCGCCUGCCACAGUAGGUGCUGCACCGGCAUCCGCCUCCUUUGCAAACAUGGAGUACAUGAUGCAACAGGAGGCAGUGGCCCCGAGGCUCGCUGCUUCGAUUGAUCAGCCACCACCACUACCCCCAAAGCAGAAGGGCCCCAAGCGGCAUCACCACCACAGGCCUCUCGAACGAUCACGAGCUUUGGAUGUUGUCGCAAGAGCAGAAGAGACAACCUCUUCAUCGUGGAAACAUGCCAGGCAUCGAGAGGAAGUGGCUGGUCUCACGGCGGAUGUUGAAGAGGCGCCUGCAGACUCUGACGAAAGCUCAGCAAGCCUAGCCUCUUCGAGUGCAACAUCUUUGACUGCUGGAGAUGCAAGCCCACCACCAACACUACCGAGGAGAACACGACCAGUUGCCCUCCAGACAACGUGCGAGCCAGCUGGGGCAACGGCAAGAGCAGCCCCGCUGGCGACUCCUGAGCAAGAUUCAUCUCUUCAGGAAGGUGGUCCGUCAUCUCUCGAGAACCUCAGUGGUGUUUUGGACACACUGGACUCGGAUGAAGAAGGUCCAGCCCCGGCAGAUGAGCUUUCUGCCUGUGACUUUGACCGUGCCAACAGUGAGCCAGCCAAUCUUGAGUUUGAUGCUGGUGGCACGGUGUCGUCUUCAGCUGCAGAGGACAGCCCCUCUCCAGCGCCCGAGGUCAGCAGAGGUGCGUCACCAGCACCGUCAUCCUUGGGGGAUUCAUCUGCAGAGGCAUCAUCAUCGCAAACAUUGAGUGCCAGUGACGAGGAAGGAGCGCCCGAGGCCAACAACCUGGAAUCUGGGCAGGAAGUGUCACAGCGCCGAAGGCGGCUCGUUCACCCGCCGCAGCGGUGUCACUCAGACUCGGAGUGUUCUUUCACUAGACCUCGAAGGCAGCACAAUCGGCACAGCCACCACCAGGCACACCGCAGGCGCCACAUACCAGAACAGAGGUUAGGGCCUGGGCUGGCUGGGUCUGGCCUUCUGCCGUACAGCCGCAGUGACCACAGCAGCCUGGCACUGCCUGAGGUCACCCGAGCAGCAGUGUUGGGCCACCGGGAGAGUGAUUAUGGCAGGCCCUGCCUAUUGCCUGCUAGUGAGAGCCCUGCAGUCCUACAUGCAAGUGUGGCAAGCAGCCGAACUUCUACUGUGGAGCCAUCCCCAGCAACGUCUGCAGCUGCUGCUGUCUUGGCUGGCACUGUCACACAGUCGCAACAGCAGCAACAGCUGCAGCAGCAGCACAGCACCACUACCCGUCUGCCUUCCAUUCCUGAACGCACAAUUCGGUAUCAGCGUGUGGAGCUUGAGGAGCCACUGCCGCCGCACUGGGAGGCUCGGAUUGACAGUCAUGGCCGCAUCUUCUACAUCGACCACCUAAACCGCACCACCACGUGGAACAGACCAUCGCUGUCACAGCCAGCUGGCAUAGCUGCCACCUGUAAUGAACUUCAGAGGCAGCAGUUUGAUCGGAGGUACCAGAGCAUACGGCGCACCAUGACACCUCGCAUGACAGCCGCAGCAGCUGCAGCCUCAGCAGGGCCCUUGAGCCUGGCAGCUUCAACUCCUCCUGCUCCGGCUGUUCCUUGUAGCAGUGCUGCUCCCUCCCCUGUGCCCGUGGUCGAAGAGGUGGCCGUGGGUGGCAGCGCAAGCGUGACGCCGUCGGCACCUCCAGCUCCUGUGGUCUCCAGUCCCGACAGUCAGAGGGCACUACUAAGAUCACCUGCUGUUCGCUUCACAACUCGGUCAGACUUCUUCAACGUGCUGCACAUGAACGACGAUGCGUUGGCUGCUUACAAUAGAAGCUCAUCCUUGAAACACAUGAUUGCAAAGAUUCGAAGAGAUCCUGCUAACUUUGAAAGAUAUCAGCACAACCGAGACUUGGUGAGCUUGCUAAACAAGUUUGCUGACAAGACAAGGGAACUUCCUAGAGGCUGGGAGACGAAGCUGGAUCGCUCAGGGAAGCAAUUCUUUAUUGACCAUACGUCCCGAAGCACAACAUUCAUCGAUCCCCGGCUGCCCAUAGAUGUGCCUUACUUAAACCCAAGCAAGCUGGUGGUUCCCCUGGCCAGGAGGCGCAGUCGCAGUGCUGGGGAAGACGACGGGCACAGAGCUGAAGCUGCAGCCAGGGGUGGCAGCAGCACCAGCGGGGGUCCCGUACCACCACCCCGCCCCCCGGGCAGUACAGCAGGGGCCGGGGCCAGCCUGCCGGGUGCCAGCAGCAGUGUGCCCACAGCCUACAACGAUAAGGUCGUGGCCUUCCUCAGGCAGCCCAACAUCCUGGACAUCUUGCGCGAGCGCCACCCUGCAAUGGCAUCCAACACCGCUCUGCGCGACCGUGUGCACGCCAUCCGUGCAGAGGGAACCGCUGCCCUGGGACGCCUCUCGCACGACCUCGACCUCACCAUCUUGCUCAGCUUGUUUGAGCAGGAGAUCAUGUCAUACAUUCCGGCCCAGUAUUCCACUGGAAGCAGUUCUAGUCAUCGCUCUCCACGGGACUCUCCUCAGCCAUCUCCCCAGGCUUCACCAGGUCUGCAGAGGGCUAAUCUUAGAGCUCCAGCGCCUUAUCGGAGGGAUUUCGAAGCCAAACUUAGGAAUUUUUACCGCAAAUUGGAGUCCAAAGGCUACGGUCAAGGGCCCAGCAAAUUAAAAUUAAACAUUCGUCGAGACCAUCUGCUCGAGGAUGCAUUUACGAAGAUAAUGGCUGCAUCCAAAAAAGAUCUUCAAAAGUCUCGACUCUACAUAGGAUUUGCCGGAGAAGAAGGGCUAGAUUAUGGCGGACCCUCCCGAGAGUUCUUCUUCCUGCUGUCACGGGAGCUUUUCAACCCGUACUACGGCCUGUUCGAGUAUUCAGCCAACGACACGUACACGGUGCAAGUGAGCCCCAUGGCAGCAUUUGUGGACAACCAGCACGAGUGGUUCCGCUUCAGCGGCCGGGUUCUCGGCUUGGCUCUGGUGCACCAGCACUUGUUAGACGCCUUCUUCACCCGGCCAUUCUACAAGGCCCUUCUAAGGCUACCUUGCUCGCUGAGUGACCUGGAAUACCUGGAUGCGGAGUUCCACCAGUCGCUAGUGUGGCUCAAGGAGAAUGACAUCACCGACAUGGGCCUUGAGCUGAGCUUCUCCGUGGUCGAGGAGGUGGCCGGCCAUGUGCUUGAGCGUGAGCUCAAGCCUGGUGGCCGCUCUAUGCCUGUCUCAGAGCGCAACAAGAAGGAGUACAUUGAGCGUAUGCUCAAGUGGCGCCUCGAGCGCGGUGUUGCCCAGCAGACCGAGUGCCUUGUGCGGGGAUUCUACGAGGUUGUGGACUCCCGCCUGGUAUCAGUCUUUGAUGCCCGAGAGCUAGAGUUGGUGAUUGCUGGAACAGCUGAAAUAGACACUGCUGACUGGAGGAAGAACACGGAGUACCGAUCUGGCUACCACGAUGGCCACCCUGUUAUCCAGUGGUUCUGGAUGGCCAUUGAGAAGUUCGACAAUGAACGGCGGCUCAGGCUGCUCCAGUUUGUCACAGGCACCUCGAGCAUCCCGUAUGAAGGCUUUGCCGCUCUGCGCGGGAGCAACGGACCUCGCAAGUUCUGCAUUGAAAAAUGGGGCAAGCCAACUAGCCUGCCAAGGGCUCACACCUGUUUCAACAGGCUAGACUUGCCCCCAUAUUCAUCGUUUGAUAUGCUCCACGAGAAGUUGCUCCUGGCUGUUGAAGAGUCGAGCACAUUUGGCAUUGAGUGAUCCACUCAUGCUCGCGAGGAAGCAGAAGUGUCACCAGGGGUGUCCAGCACACGUCCAAGCACAUUUGGCAAAGCACCGUGCCUGCACCAAGUUUGUCAUCGUUCUGUCGUGGGGAAGUGCCUGCAACGCCCGCUGCCAAUUCUUCGGGAAAGCCAUCCACAUUGACGACAAUCCCCUUGCUAGGGUAGCCUUAGCCUUCCAGAGCAUGCUGGGAAAUUUUUGUUAGCACCAUUCCUUUUGUUUUUGUCUUUUCUUGAGACAAAGGCCAGCUAAUGAGUGUCUGACAACUGCAACCCGGUUGAAGCUUGGUGUACCCGAUGAUGCAUUUAACGUGCACAAGUCAUCUCCUCCUCGUCUUUUGCCUAAGUGCAGGCCUGGACCUUUAUUGCAAAGGGCCUUAGGCUUCAAUGAAGGCUGUGCCUUAAGUUUGAAAAAGUAGUAGUUGAGUGCAGCAGAUAUGUUGCAAUCUUGGUGCAGUUUGGAAAUGCGAUCACUGCAUAAGCUGCAUUCGGUUGAAGCAAACAAGAACCACAUUGACUAUGCUGCACCAGAAUUUCUUUGCUGGAUGAAAAAAAAAAUAUGUAGCAGAGGUUGUUAAUAUCAGGGCUGCUACAACUUCCACUGCACCCACUCCCACCCUAUUCUGUUCUUUUUUAACGCUGCGGGAUAGGGCGAUGCCCUGAUGUCCAAGAACGAACAGGCACUUGCCGCGAGCUCUGUUUGCUAUGCCAUUGCAGUGAAUGGGAUUGUCAUGUGGAAGGCACUGCCCAUUUUUGAUGCGCCGGCUUGUGGGAGCACAGCUCACACGCGUUGCUGAAUGAAACUUCACCUCUGUGAGAACCCAACACCUGCAGCUGUGUGCAGUGACUCUUUUGCACGUCUCGUGUCACAAGGAAUGAUGUCCAAUGUCCAGUGCUCAGAGUGUCUCGAGGAUGCUGACCAAUUUAGUUGAAUGUUUAUAAUUGUGCACCGGUUUUUACGUGGAGUGUCCCGCGCACUGCCUCCAAAAGCCACUCGGUGUUUUUGUGGAUUAUGUGUACACUGGUGGCCGUGAUUUUUGAUGCCAGCUUGCUGAUAUAGCAGAGAAGUUCCUGAGGGUGCUGCAGUCAUUUUAUUAUUGAGCAGUGUGUGUUAGGUUGACCUUAUUUAGCACCAAGAAAGUGUUGGUUUUAUUUAUUUAUCAUACGUCUCAGGGCACCAUUGGGUGGAGUGUUAAUAAUUAUUAACAAGCUCUUUUUAGUGUGUUUUAUUGAAGUUUAUGCCCCAGUGCUGAAUAAGCUUGCAUCGUUUUCUGUAUAGUAUCGACAAGGUGGUUUACUUUUUUUAUAUUGUUAGGAGCACUCGUUAUUUUAUACAGCCCAUGUGGCUCUUUAGAGAGCUUCACGCCUAACCAGUUAACUAAUCAUUGUUUUAGGAAUAUAUGUAUUAUGAUUAUUAAUAUUAUUCAAGUAUUUUAUGUUGUGCUGUAUUGUACAAUUUUGACUUGCAAACACAAGGUUUGUGUUGUCCUGUCAGCCAUGUGGUUCUGCAUUUUGUUAGUAUUAUUAUUACCGUAUUAAGCACAUUGUGAUAAGCUUAUUGCAGUGUGGUUAGGACUGUAACAGUAAUUUCUAACCUUGCUUCUCAUUCCAAGAAAUAUUAUAUAGGUAGAAUCCCUCUCGCUCCCCUUUAUCCUCCUCUUCCUUAGGCACAUGGUGUUCUCAUCUCCUCAGAUGAUGCCAUUCUCCCACAAUGCACCUACAUCUUCUGACCUGUCCAGUUUCUGUGCUGCCAUGUUUGGUUUUCUUUCCUUUCCUUUCCAACAGCUGAAAUAGAAGUGGCAUUUCUGUACUACUCGUACCUUUCGGUGUAAAAGCGCUAGAGUCGUGCUGUUUGGAGACAGAUGCGCCUAUUUAUUUCCUCUUUUCUGGAGGCGAGUAGCAAAACAAAGAACAAAGUGCGCCCUACUGUGGACCUCAACACCUACAAUGACAUCUUCGCCACGCUUCUCGAAGUGGUCUCAGUGGCCAUGGACAUUGCGAUAUAUUGUUGUGCUACAUGCAAGAUCUGAGUGUUUAGAUGCAUAUAGAUUCUUUGAGGAGCUAGAGUACUAUUUUUUGAUUGGCUGUUUGAUUUGUAAUGCCUGUAUCCAUCACCUAGGGAACUGGCCAGUGUCAAGUUGUUGUGCCAUGACUGAUGUUUGCAUUAGUCAACUGUUGUGUGUUUAGUGAUCUUUCAUGUGCAACAAAGUGUCACAAGCCUGCUGUGCAUUGUGCUGCCCUGUGUUGUAUACUAUUGGCUCCUUUAACUAUUUUUAUGGAAUGAUUGCAGCCUAUAUAGCGUGUGUUUUGAGAAAUACAUGUUGGUUCUGUGUUGUACAGUAUGAAGAUGCUGCGGGACUAAACUAAAAAUUAAGCAGUGUUAAAUACUGUUUUAUUAAAAACAAACCUUGCUUGCAUCAGUGGACAGCAUUCAAAAUGAAGCCAGCCUCAGUAAAAGCUUGUUUUUAUGCGCUCGUGUUGAUUACAGUGGAGCAGCAAAUGCAGAGUGUGUAAAUGCACUUCGUCUGUUAAUCAAGAACAAUGUUCUUUUUAUUUAGCAUUUUGAUGACACAACAGCAUUGCAGGCAUCGCACUAAAUUUGGCUGCCACAUCUUAUUGUGAAAAGCAGCAUUUAAAAGCUGUGCAAGACAUAUCUAUGGCAUUGGUUUGGCUGCAUUCUUUGCUGGUUGCUCAAUGCUCUUGUCAAACCACCCUUCACUGUCCACUGCAUGCUGUAAAUCUAUUGAAGUAUUUAUUCUGUUCUUGCCUUCUUUCUGAAUGGUCAUAGCUUAGUCAAAGUUCAGAUAUCAAAUGUGAAUGCCUUGAGGAAAGAGUUUCUUGAUUAUUAAUAGGCUGUCAUGCUUGCACAGGUGCAAGAUGAGCAGUUCAGCUCAUUUCAUUGGCAUGGGUGCUCACUUGUGCACUGUGCUGCAUGUCCUGCUGUGCAGAAAUAAGCCAGAUUAUGACUGCAUCCCCUGCAUCUUGUUUUUACGUGGCCUCCAGUGCCUCUCAAAUCUGUUAAUGCACUGGGAUUUCUUUGUUGCUUGAAUCAGCUGCAUGGCCAGCCCAGUAGUGGUUCAGGUUGCAUGGAUUCAGGCACUAGCUGCCCCCGUACGGAGACCUUUAACGAGGGGAGAGAGAUGUGCGACCAGUGCAAGGAGGUGUGACUCCAUAGGUUGGAUGUGUAAUGUGUGUGUGUGCGCGUGUAUUGUCGUGUCAUGGUCACACUUUCUCCUUGCAUUCCGGUGUGUUGCACGCGAAAGAAAGUUGAGUGUACAAAGUAAAAAACAACAAAAGAAAAUGCAAGAAAGGGCACUUGCCGAUUCUGCACCCCUCUGUGGGUGGUGGCUUACUUUUUUUUUUUUUUUUUUUUUUUUUUUUUUUUUUUUUUUUGUACAGCUGCUUGCAGUGACCGUUGUGCACUGCCCAUCCUUUGCACGGUGAUAGAGAUCGCGUAUCCCUCUCACCCUUGCAAACAAAAGACAAGAGAGGUACGCUGGCUUCCUUUGCCAGCGGCGCUUGCUGCGACUAUUUUGGUAUAUGCUAUGGUGGGAAGCGCGCAGGCGUGUAUGUCCACUGCUUGUGUGUGCAGCAGGGCCCCUCGGUGCCUGAGGGUGUGGGCUUGCCGGCAGGGCCCCAGAUGGCCCCCGCACAACGCGCAUGCGCACUUCCCUUUGUUUUCUACGAACCCCCGUCCCGCCAUUCCUCAUCCAAGUCCCUCCGCUACUGCUGCUGCCGCCGCCGCAUGGCGUCCGCAUCGUGCGGCCAUGUGCGUCUUUGUACAGUAUGUAUAUGUAAACGAGAACACUUGACGCAGCGCUCCUGUGUAUUAUAGAGCAAUAAAAAAUAACUUACGCUCGA